UGGCUAAAUCUCACUUAAUACACCCGCAAGCGAGUGACGUGUAAGUCGGCGAUUGCACUUUACGUUUCUGCAAACAAUUUAAAGAAGCUAAGUUAAAAAAAAAUAAAUAAACCAGCUCAUCGAAAAACAAAAAUGAUUCAAUUGUUAUAUGCGUCUGCGAGCAUUUUGUUGCUCGUUUCCGGCAGCGCCAACGCGUUUUAUUCACCUUCCGAUAACGUUGUGGAGCUGACACCAUCGAACUUCAAUCGCGAGGUUGUCCAGGACAACGCCAUAUGGGUUGUCGAAUUCUAUGCGCCUUGGUGCGGACACUGCCAGAGCCUGGUGCCCGAAUACAAGAAGCUGGCCGAAGCGCUUAAAGGCGUAAUUAAGGUGGGUUCGGUCAAUGCCGAUCAGCAUUCCGAACUUGGUGGUAAAUAUAAUGUACGUGGCUUUCCCACGAUCAAAAUCUUCGGCGCCAAUAAACAAUCGCCUACCGAUUACAAUGGACAACGCACAGCUAAAGCGAUUGCAGAGGCCGCUCUGGCUGAGGCCAAGAAGAAGGUUCAGGCCGCUUUCGGAGGCGGGGACAGCAGCAGCAAGAGCCGCUCUUCCAGUUCCGAUAGUGAUGUCAUCGAACUAACCGAAGACAACUUUGACAAACUUGUGCUGAAUUCCGAAGAUAUUUGGCUGGUGGAGUUCUUUGCGCCCUGGUGCGGUCACUGCAAGAAUCUUGCGCCUGAGUGGGCCAAGGCUGCCAAGGAGUUAAAGGGCAAGGUCAAGCUGGGCGCUCUUGACGCGACGGCACAUCAAAGCAAGGCGGCCGAGUAUAAUGUACGUGGCUAUCCGACCAUCAAGUUCUUCCCAGCCGGCUCGAAAAGCUCCAGCGAUGCUGAGGAAUACAAUGGUGGUAGGACUGCCUCUGAGAUAAUCAGCUGGGCUAGCGAUAAGCACACGGAGAAUGUGCCAGCGCCAGAGCUUGUGGAGAUUACCGAUGAAUCAACUUUCGACAGUGCUUGCGAGGGCAAACCCUUGUGCGUGGUCUCUGUCCUGCCGCAUAUUCUAGACUGCGACGCCAAGUGCCGCAACAAGUUCCUGGACACUUUGCGCAUCUUGAGCGAGAAGUUUAAGCAAAAGCUUUGGGGUUGGGCCUGGGCCGAAGGCGGUCAACAGCCAGCUCUGGAGGAGUCUUUGGAAGUUGGUGGUUUCGGGUAUCCAGCCAUGGCGGUUGUCAACUUUAAGAAAAUGAAGUUUUCCGUGCUAAAAGGCUCCUUCUCCAAGGAUGGCAUAAAUGAGUUCCUGCGCGACAUAUCCUACGGCCGUGGCCAUACGUCACCCGUCCGUGGAGCCAAGAAACCAACUAUCAUCAGCGUUGAGCCCUGGGACGGCAAGGACGGACAGCUACCUACCGAGGAAGACAUAGAUCUGAGCGACAUUGAUCUGGACGAUGAUGUCAAGGACGAACUGUAAUGCGGCUUAUUAAACCGAAUUAACACUUCACCAAGACUGCAGUUCAUGCUCAAUUUUCCAGCUAGCCAACCGAUUAACUUAAUCUUCUCUAAUACUAAGUCACACAGCGUAACUAAAUAAAUAAACACUAAUCUUUUUAUAAACAAUAAACGUGUGGUUUGGAAAUUAA